CUGUGCUUAGUAGGAGCAGGAUUUUCCGAGAGCUCGUGUCUCCUGCGAUCAGGAUAGAGCUCAUUGUGCCAAUCCGAAAGCCUCCUCGUGAGACGAAGAUAAUCCGGCGGAGUCCAGUUUCAAAGAACCUGCCUGACACCAAGAUGGUCCAGCCCAGCCAUCUUCGCAGUGACAUGUCAAGCUCAGCAUCGUAGAUUUUUCAGUUUUUCUUUUCCAAAAUAAGAUUUUUCAGCUCUGGUCAAUACUAGUCGGCUACUCGCCGUCACCGCUAGUCGGCCAGGCAGCCACUGUCACUGCUCCAGUGCUCUCCACUUUCCCCUCCAAAAUCACCUCCAAUCCCAUCCAAAUCACACACGCUCCUCCUUCCCCCAAUCACUCCGUAUAUAUACGAGACGCACCCACUCCAAUCCGACCCAAUUCCGCUCCCCAACCCAAAAAAUUCCCCCACUCCCCCACUCCCAAUCUCGCAAUCGCACGGCCGGAGCCGCAGCCAAGAACUCGUCGGAGCAGAGGGAGGCAGCCAAGAAAGCUGGGGAAGAGGGUCCUUUCGGGAGCAGGAAGAGGAGACCGAGGAGAAAGGGGGAUCUGGAGGCGGCGCCCCGAUGGCGGUGACGGGGACCUCUGCGGCGGCGGCGGCCACGAUGCUGGCGGCGGCGGCGGCCAUCUUCAUCACCUUCGUCCUCUGCUUCUACCUCUUCCUCUGCGCCAAGCGCUACCGCGGCGCCGCCCCGACGAUCGGGGGCGGAGGGAGCGGCGCGGGCGGGGGCCGCGCGCGGUUCGUCUUCGCGGGCGCGGGCUGCCACGGCGGCGGCGGGGGCAUGGACGAGGCCGCCAUCGCGGCGCUGCCGCGGAAGGAGGUGGCCGCGGGGGACCCGCCCGCGGACUGCGCCGUCUGCAUCGCGGAGGUCGCCGCGGGGGAGGCCGCCCGCGUGCUGCCCCGGUGCGGCCACGCGUUCCACGUCGAGUGCGUCGACAUGUGGCUGCGCUCCCACUCCACCUGCCCGCUCUGCCGCUGCGCGGUCGUCGACGAGGAGGCCGCGCCGGCCCCGCGGGCGCCCGAGGCCGACCCGGAGUCGCCAAACUUCCCCACCAACGUCCUCUUCGUCGGCUCCCAGGACGCCGUCAGCACCCGCGGCGCCGCCGCGACGCCGGUGGAACCUCCCCAGGCGGUGCCGGCGCAGGCGCCGCAGCUGAUUCCAGGACCCAUCGCCGGAGUCGCGGCCGUCGUGGAGGCGGCAAGGGUAGCCGCCCUACGCCGGCUGCUGGGCUGCGGCGGCGCGACACCGUCCCCACCGACGCCACCGCAGCAGCAGCAGCAGCAGCAGCAAGACCGCGACUUGGAGGCCGGGCUCGGCCGCGGCGAGAGCAGCGGGUCACCGCCGCCGGCGAAGCCGCAGUAAGCUUCUUGUUUGACGCUUGCCUGUCGCGUUCCUCAUGUUCCUCGUCUUCUCGGGCCAUUUGAGGCAUCAGAAGAAGGAAGCAAGUGUACAGAGGAUCUGUUGAUCUGUAAUCAACAGCUACAUAUAGUGCUAGAAUUCUACAAACAAAAUUCAUGGAUGCGUUUCGGUGCCAUGCCAUCCCCACCAAGGCGGGGAUCCAAGUUACUCUUCCACAUCUCUGUUUCUGUUCUACCAUGGCCUCAAGGUAAAAUUGUUCCAGCAUUCACCAAUGCCCGGCCGUGAAAAAUGAGAAAUGCCUGUGCUGCAUUUCGCUGUCGAGUGGCCGCACUGUGUUUCCACAUGCGACGGCCUUGCCGCCACGGAAAGGCGCGAUCUUGACGCGAGAGCAGCUGCUGUUAACGACCAGACAAAUAUCUGAGUGCAGCAACACCAACACCCCAUGUUCUGCAGUUACCAGCUGCCGCCAUCCUCAGUCACCUGACUGCAGACGAUGAUGCCCUAUGAGAGCCACCCGGUUUCAGGAGUUUCCGUUCGUCCCUCUGCCGGCACAGCCAAUCAAAUGUCAGUAGAGGCCACCAGUUUGCUGGACAAUUCCCCGACGUUUUUGUAUGGAUCUGCCCAGGAAGAAGUUACUACUGUUUAGACCGGGGUGAACUGAGCACGACGUUUUGGAACGAGAGAAUUCUUUCUCUAGAGUCUUGCAGGAACUGAAGACAGUUAGUGACCUUAAGUACUUCACUAAAGUGACAGAAAUCCUAUUAUUAUAGUACUCCGUACCAAGUACUGGCAUCACAACCUAACCCAGAAUGGUUUGAACAAGGGCGACAACGGGCGGAGACGGUAGUAGAGCCCCCAGUGGAGGUGGGAGUUGGCCAAACAGCGAAACGUGUCAAGCACCACGUGGACGCGAUGGCAUCAGAGGAAGGCGCCGUGCCGUGCCGUGUGCGCGGAUGCCGCUGCGGAUAGGCUCGCGUUCCGCCGGCCGCGUCAUCGUCCCCAUCACCACGCCAUAAUCGCAACGCAAGGCUACAAACCACGUCGGCGUCGCCGAGUUUAUAGUGCCCACUGCCCACCACCCCUGUCCCUUGCCCAGGCCUACAUGGCGCCGGCAAGGCGGCAACUUGCGCCAUCGCCCAACAGUUCCGUCUCGCCGGCCGGCCUUCUUCGUCGGCGCGCCUCCGUCCAGUUUCCAGGCAUGCCCUCCGGGUUGCCUUCUUAUCCUAUCAACCUAUUGAUUGCUUCAUUUGGUCACUCGGAUUUCAUUUGGUAAUUUGAAGAUAGUGACUGAGUUCAGUGUUCAGCUGCAGUAAAUACACGCAGCAUUUUGGGUAUGGGGGAAAGAUUUAUCAAAGAUUAGUAUCGUGGUGGAUGAGGAUGUUGUUUGGGUAUGUGCAUGGCUCUGUCGAAAUGAUAUGAUUUUUGACAAAGCCACACAUAUUACUGUUAUCGAUAUUCUUUUCAUGGAAAUUUAUUGCCUACAUUUCUAGGAAUUGUGGAGAGGAUGCAGUGGCACGCUAUGGCAUGGAGCUAUUUCUAA